AUGUCCAAGGUCCAGGCGCCCGAACUCAAGAAGUACAUGGACAAGCUCCUCUUCGUCAACCUGCAGGGGAACCGCAAGAUCUCGGGCUACCUCCGCGGCUUCGACAUCUUCCUCAACCUGGUGCUGGAUGAAGCGCGUGAGGAGGGCAGUGCAGACAAGGUCGAGUGCGGAACCGUCGUCGUCCGAGGAAACAGCAUCUCAUCGAUGGAGCUCAUGGCAUCACGAGCAUAG